AGUCAGCAAAAACGAAAAGCAAUUUGGCCUGGAAUGUCAUUAAAAAAAAGGUCAUAAUUAGUGAAAGUUCAAGUGAUGUCCGACCUCCUCUGCCACAGUACCAAGGAACGGCGGCUGAUUCAUGAGACUAGCUUUGAUAAAGGGUCAUUCGUAUACGUACAUGACUAGAACUAUGGAGUCGUUGUUGACAGUUUUGAGUGGAUUGGCACCCUUUGCUUUAGUGUUUGGCCUCAUAGGAGUGUUAGUGGCAGUCGUACUGGGUGUAAGGUUUGACAGGAGACAGCAGAAGAAGAUAUGGAAAGUCAAAAAUGAGGAGUGUCCUGGAGCAAAUGAGGUCUUCCCUAAUUUGCCCAACUUCAGACAGUGUGGUGGUGGUGGGCUUGUCACAGCCGACGGCCGCAAGGUUCGAGAAGGAAGGCUCUUCAGAUCAUCUCGUACUGACUUCCUGACGGCCGCUGAGAAGACACACUUUAGAGAGCUGGGAAUUAAGUCGAUUAUCGACCUGAGACAUAUCGAUGAGUACCGUAAGGCCAACGGAGCCAAAUUGUUGGACAAUAUCUACCCUGUGUGUGUUAUGAAGAAAGGAAAGGUUAAAGUCUUCCGUAGCAAGAGCUCUGCUGACUCGGCACCUUUUGGACAGCGCUAUCUUAUCAAUAUGAUGACCUUGGACUUCAUUUUCAAUAUUUUACGAAAAGUCAACAUUUUAAUUCGAUACUCUUCACUGCUGAUGCUGAUUGUUGACAAGGCAUUUGAUGUUCACCUCUUCAUGCGAUUCUACAACUGGAAGAUUCUCAACACAAGAACAAUGCAUGAUCAAUAUGUCGACUUGCUGGAGUUUAGCAAAUCUGCUGUAGCUGAUAUUCUACAGAUUAUAAUCGACAAGUCUCCUGCGCUGGUGCACUGUGCUCACGGGAAGGAUAGGACGGGGGUGGUGGUUGCUAUGAUACUCGGCUGUUUGGGAGUGAGUGACGAGGACAUUGCUCAGGACUAUGCCAUGUCUUACGCUGGACUGGGUCCCAUACGACAACGGCUGCAUCAGGAGACCUGUGGUCGCUAUGGUUUCAAGGAGGCGUUCACCGGAGCAGAUGCUGAGACAAUGAGACUAGUUCUCAAAGAGAUUAGGAAACGGUAUGGGAGUGUGGCUGGCUACCUGGAGGCUGCUGGGUUUGGUGCCAACAAACAGGAAACUCUUAGAAACAUUCUGCUAGAAUAGUGUGUGUGUGUGUGUGUUGAUUGUGAAUCUGAUUUUUUGGCACAAUUUUGUUUUGUAUUUUCAAUGUAAGAGUGAUAUAUACUGCACAUAAUAUUUAUAGGCUAUUUUUUGGUCUUGUUUA